GCCAGGCAUGCAGCUAAAGCUAACCUAUUGGGGUAAAAAAACUGAAACCUAAACUGAAGGCUCUGUGUCCCUAUAGGUUACCUUUAGCGGCCGGUCCACUAUGUUGCACCAAAUUUCCUAAUUUGUUUACCUAUGAACAACAUGUAGUGACUAUGGGAACCACACAUUUUAACCAAUGGGCCUAUACCUGAAUUAUUCCAUUAUAAUGAGCACUUUGCAUUUAUUACUACCUCAUGUACUUCAAAGAGUGCUGGCCAUCUUGCCUGGAAGUCGUGGAUCAUGGUUGUGUCAACUACCACUCAUGUCUUCUGUAUGCAAAUGUCUGCCAUUUUCAUCCUUACCACCUCCCUGUUGUUGUUCCUCCUCUUAACAUCAGAAAUAAUCUGUUUCCCCAGUAGGAUAAGGGAGACAGUAGUUGACCUCUGACCGCUUAGGUUUAUGUAUUCCAAGAACAGGACUUCCUUGGCCCCCUGGUUUUCGCUUGAGAGAGUUGACCAUCAUCUCAGGACACCCCAGUUUCCUCAAGUCAGUGCGGUAAAUUCCCAGUUUAUUAUUCAAGCUGUAUUUCUACCCAGCAUAUCCAGUGAAGCAGUGUUUUUCAGCCAGGCAGGGGUGCUUGGAGAUGAGGGCCUUCCCAACCAUGCUAAACUGCUUGUCAAUGACAUAAAAACUGUACCGGACUACUUCUUGAAUUAGUCCCUUAAGAAUGUCUGAUUUCAGUUUGGGGUCUAAAUCUUUAUUAAGCAAGGUACCUUUCUCCCUGUAAGCUGCAUUAGCCUGUAGAAGUUUCAGCUCCGAAUCAUAGCUAAACAGAGGACAAUGGAAGGUGCUGGGCCAAAGUGAUCCUGUCCCAGAUGUCUCGGACUCUGGUGCGGACAGUAUGUCAGUGACAAUACUCCCAGAGGACGAGGAUUGGGGGGGGACCGUGAGGCAUGGAAGUGCCAGAAGUCGAGGUGGAGAGGCGAGCAGUGGAGUUGGAGGGGCCACUGGCAUGCAAAGGAGUUGAGACGUCUGAUGAAGGAAAUACUCUAAUGGUCCCUAAUAUAAGAAUCAGUUAGGACCAGAGCCUGAUGACACGGCCCCCCAGUUUCAGCCUGUCCACACUGGUUUGGAUGACUAUCCUGCAGACACACAUUCAGGUCAGUCACACACACACAGGGUACAAUUUCAACCUAUUUUGUCCUCUGGCCAAAUGGCUAUUUAAGGAGGACAUUUUACCCCCCACUGAACAGAUACCAUUUUAUUUUUGGCAGCUUUUUUUGACUGUUAAUGGUUCUAAUCUGGAGCCCUGUUUGGGACUUAAAGUCAACACAGUUUGGAACAGCAUUGCACAUUGCAAUACAAUAUCAUUUAUGAUCCUAAGCUGACUUAAAUUAGCAAGUGUAGCACAGAAAUCAGACUUGACAUACAGGAAAAAAUGUAAAACUGCAAAUUUAAACUGGUUUGAUUAGGAUUCCUUUUUGUUAAAAAACCUUAUUUCCUUUUAAUUGAUUCAGAUUGGCUAAAAAUGUUACUUUCCAAGAGAAUGUCCCUAUAUGUAGGAGAACCCCCCCCCCCCCCCCCCAAUAUGUCCAUUUAUAUUACACAUGAAAGACAAACAAAAAAUACAUAUUAACAGGUUUCACGUCAUGCAGCAAUAUUGAAACAUUUUGCUCUUGCUGAUUGAUCAAAGCUUUUUUAUUUCUGUGUUUCAAUGCAAGAAAAUGUUUCCCCGGUGCCGCUGACAUCUUACCUCUCACACCUUAACACAUCAGAAGACAUGGAGGAUCAUGAGUCGCCGCCAGGGGACGGGGAGGAGGAAGAGGAGGAGGAAGAAGAGUUAAUCGUUCUUGACUCUGAACAUCCGCUGGUCAGAAGGCAACAAGCUGCUCUGAGCAGACAGCUGAGAAAUCAGCUGGAGAGGAUCGACCUGGGACUGAAGGAAAAGGUGGCAAUGGAGAAGGAAGAGGAUAAGCACCUUCAGGGGUUGGGAGUUGGGAUGUACACGGUGCAGGAGCAGCUGGCCAGGCUGCAGACCAAACUGGAUGACCAUCAUCAGAACAAGGCCGAGGCUGAGGCCAAACGUCAGCAGGCCAAGGCUCAGCUGGAGGAGAUCAAGAGACAGUAUUCCAAUAUCAGCAGCCAAGACAGAAAAGACAAAGCCAACGCGUCCCAGUUACAGGCGGAGUUAGACGACCUGAUGCGGCAUCUCGUCUUCACACAACGACUCAGUGAAGAUCUGAGCUCUAACGUCAAAGCCCUGAAGAAUGCCAGACGCAAAGCGGGAGCUGAGAAGAACCAGGCCGAAGAGCAGAAGUUCAAGCAGGAUAUGUAUGUGGAGCGUCUUACAAAGGACAAGGAGAGGCUGACGGAGCAGAUAGCCAUGUAUGAGGCCCAGGGCAAAGCUCAGGCAGAGGAGACCCAGGCAGCCAAAGAGGCUCUCUCUGAGGCUGAGAUGGAAAUGGCGUCUCUGGUGAUGGCGCGUAACCAGCUGUUGCAGCAGUGGAGCGGAAGCCUGGUGGGCAUGAGGAGGCGAGACGAGGCCUUCAGCGCCAUGCAGGAGGCUGUGCGCACCGUCGAGCACCAGGUGAUCUUGCUGGACAGAGAGAUUGAAGGCUACAAGAGAUCCACCAAUGAAGAGCAGGAGGAAAAUGAGAAGCUAACUAUGCAGCUGAACUGGUCCCAUAUGGACGGUGCCACCUCCAAGAAGCUGAUCAGUCAGAAGCAGGCCCAGGGAGAGGCCCUGCAGGCGCACUACAGCUCCUGCCUGCGCACCCUGAGGGAGACGGAGCGCACCCUCGCCAGGCUCUCUAAGGAAACAAUAACCCACCACGCUGAAGUCAUCGAUCAGAGGAGGCAGUUGCAGAAAGAGAGUGCUGCGCGUCUGGAGACAGAGGACAAGAUCAUGACCCACAUCCAGGAGAAGCUCACCCACAACAAGGCUGCCAAGUUCUCCCAGCGGCAAACCAGCAAGAUAGCCACACUCAAGAGGGAGAAGACCUUUCGGUUGUGGCAACUGGAGAAUGAUGUGGUGACGGUGGGACAGGAGAUCAGCAAGGCCAGCCAUCAUCUGGAGAACCUGGGCCUCACCACGGAGGCUUUAGACAAUGAGAUCAUGGAGUCCAACAAGUUGCUGACGGCCAUCCAGGCUAAGAUGUCCUCCUUUGUUGCACUCAUCGCGCAAAAGCAGUCCACCGUCACCAACUGCAACAAAAAGAUCUAUCAGAUUGCGGCCAAAACUGGGCACGAGGAUCUGAGUCCUCUGCAAAUCAAGAUAGAGGCAAUAAGGGUUCAGAUCGGGGAGCUGGCAGCGAAAAUCAAGAGUGACCAGCAGCUCUGGAUGAUGCGUCAGGGGACUCUGGUAGCAAUGACCCAGGAGAUAGAAGCCAACAGCAAGGAGACGCUAAAACUGCAAACAGAAUACACUGCCAUGCAGCAGAAGAAAAUACGCCUGGAGAGUGAGAUUGAGGAGGAGCACCGUGAGGAGACGGAGCUGGAGAAGAAUGCGAAGAUGCUGAGAGGAGACGUGCUGAAGCUCAACACCCUGCUGAGCAAGAACACACAGCUGAGCCAGGCGCUGGCACAGGAGAACGCUCUGAGGGAGACGGACUUCCUGCACAGACUUAAGGAGGCAGAGCGGGAGUCUAUCCAGAUGCAGAUCAAACACGAGAAGACCCAGGAGGAGAAGGAGAGGCUCGUCAACAGCCUGGUGGAAGCUGAGCAACAGAUUAUGCUGUGGGAGAAGAAGACCCAGAUUGUGAAAGAGACCCGUUCAGCUGUGGACUCGGAGGUGGGCCAGGGAGACAUCCAGUCAAUGAAGGCCGAGAUACACCGUAUGGAGUUGCGACUGAACCAGCUGAGGAAGCAGCAGGAGCGACUGCUGAGGGAGAGUGAAGCUCGUGACUCUGCAGAGCCGCAUGAAGAAGCUGCAGGGGGUGUGUGAGGACAGCUACCGAGCCUCAACCAGCAGCGAGUCGGUCGGAGCUGCUCUGCAGAGCCAGAUGGAGCGUGUGCGCGCUGUUGGCACCAUCCUGCAGCGCGUGUGUGAGGAGUUCCCCCAGCACAAGGGGGCGCUCCGUACGCUGGCGCUAGCACUAGCAGCUGGCACACAAACAGCUGACACACAGGUC